AUGAUAGCAGAUGUAGAUAAUCAUUUGUCAAAAUGUAGUCGAUGUUUACGUCGUAAAACAAAUGUUCACAGUCGAGCUCCUUUAAUAAAUAUUACAACAACAUACCCAUUGGAAAUGGUGUGCAUGGAUUAUCUGACGUUAGAACCAGCAAAAGGAAUUGGAAACAUUUUAGUAAUAACUGAUCAUUUCACAAAAUUCGCUAUGGCAAUCCCAACAAAGAAUCAAACUGCAAAAACAACAGCAGAAGCUUUUUAUAACAACUUCAUCAUACAUUAUGGAAUUCCUACAGCAAUACAUUCUGAUCAAGGAGCAAACUUUCAAUCAGAGAUCAUUAAAGAAUUAUGUGUUAUCACACAGAUGAAAAAGACAAAGACUUCCAUAUAUCACGCCAUGGGUAACGGAAUUACAGAGCGAUUCAACCGGACGCUUCUUGAUAUGUUAGGUACUUUAGAAACUUCACAGAAAACGGAUUGGAAGAAGUACAUACCAACACUAGUCUACGCAUACAAUUCAACACCACAUGAAACAACGAAAAUUUCCCCUUUUGAAUUAAUGUUUGGCAGAAAGGCAAAACUUCCUAUUGAUGCUGUAUUUCAACAAGCAACAGAUGAAAAUGAAACAACAGAAAUGCCUAAAACAGACUACAUCAAAGAAUUGAAAGAACGUAUGGAAAGGACAAAUCAAAUAGUUAAAGAUAUCUCUGAUAAAGCAAGACUUAAACAGAAGAAAUAUUUUGAUAAGAAGGCCAAGGCAGCAACUAUAUCUGUUGGUGACAAAGUACUGGUAAAAAUUUUGAAAUUUGAUGGUAAGCAUAAAAUUGCUGACAAGUUUGAAGAGGAACUAUAUAAAGUCACUGAACAACCCAGACAUGAUAUACCUGUGUUUAAAGUGAGAUCGGAAAUAUCAGGAGUAGAGAAGAUACUACAUAGAAACCAUUUGUUUCCAGUCCAAAGUCAGGAAACAACAGAAGAAGAGUUAAAUAUGGAUAUAAUCGAUGCAUCGAAAGGGAUGGAAAAUGAAGAUGAUGACGAUAAUGAUGAUGAUGAUUCUGACUCAGAUAAUGGAUACGCAGUUGUUAAUAAUACAUCUGAAUUUGGGGACGCCCAUAAUCCUUUACCUUUGACAGAAGAUCAUGAUAUACCGAAGGCAGAAAAUAAAGUAGACAUAGAAAACAAAGGAACAGACGAAGAGGAACUUGAAUCUAAUGAGAUUGAAGAAGUGGAUGACAUAGAAAUACAAAGUGUGGAUUCAAAUCAUCAUGAAGAACAUGUAGAUUCAGAUGACACACCUAUUGAAAUACACACAGGUAUAGACAACGACUCAGAUGACAAUUCAGAAACAAGCACGGAAGUGACAGAUGAAAAUUCACAUGUUGAUGAAGGUCCAGGAAUUGAAGAAAUCCCUGAAGAGCCUCCACCAAAACCACCUCCAAGGCCUAAGCCAACUCCAAGACGUUCUGUAAGAGAACGUAAACCACCAAAUUGGCAAAGUGAUUACCACAUGAAUCGAAUGGUACCAAGACCAUAUGAUACCAAUCUACAGGCAUUAGAUGUAUUGAUGAAUUCUGGCGUAUUGAACAGGAUUGAUAUUCAUGUGGCACAGAAGUUAUUAAAUACAUUGUCUGAUUGAAAUAUUGUAUUCAGUACUUUUGUAUUUAAUUUUAUAUGUAAUGUAUUGUUUGAAUUUUUGUAAUUUUUUAACCUUAAUUGAAUAAAUUUAUAUUCUAAUCAUUGAAUAAAAGCCAAUAUAAAUUAAAAUAAUUCAGUAUAUAUUGCGAGGUCGCAAUAUUUAAGAAGGGGGAGGGAAGAAUUGAAUUUAUAUAGACUGUUGUAGAGAUUAACUUUAUAUACUUGAAGUUAACUGAUAUUGGAAGAGUUGUAAAAAAUUUCUGAUUGAUUCAGAAUACUGAUGAGUUAUAUUUUGAGAAUUGUUUUCUUCAAAUAGAAUUAUUUGAUGUGGAUUAUUCUUUGUAUAUAUGAUAAUGACGGGACGUCAUUUUCUAAGGUGGGGAAGUGUGUAACAGGAUGGAUAAUUCGAGUGUCUUGAUACAUUUUUGGUUGUUUGAGUUGUUUCCCUUGGUUUCCCGCAAUUUUGAUCAUGUGACUAGUUUUGUCUUUGUUGAAGCGGCUUUGUAAAAAUUAAGAUCAGACAUUUUCUUAGUGUUUUAAAUUUAUUUAAAAUUUGGAUUAUUGAUAGUUGAAAUUACAGCACAGAGAGUUUGGAAGUAUGUGUGUUUUGAAAAAGAUGAUGUAAUAUGAUAUAAUUGUACAUUCAGUUCCACAAACUGAGUGUUGAUCGAUUCGAUUGAUUGAGAUUUAUUGAAGGUUUAUUGACGAUUCAUUGACGAUUGAUUUUGUCGAUAUUUGGAUAUGUAAGAUUGAUAUACAUGUAUGUGUCAGAACUAGAAGAUAAAUAAAUAUAUAAGAACUGUG